GGCAUAGUCGGCGGCCAUCUGAGCGGAGCGGUGCGCGUCUAGCCGGUGCCAGCAGCGGGAACAAUGAGCGCGCCUUGACCUUGCGGCGCGCGGGAGGCAGGGCGCGCGAUGACGCCAGCUCGGACGACUCGCGGUUCGGCUUUCGGGUGCGAUCCUUUGCGGACGCGUAAUCGGCGGUCAGCGUGAUUCUGAAGCGCGUCAAAAAUUCCGGGGCGGGUGGGCGGCGCCGCGACGCCGGGGACUCUCACGCCGCACUCAUUCUGCGAGCCGGCGCCGACGCCGACGCGCCUCGAACGAUCGACCGACCGAGCCGACUCCCGCCGACCGAGUAAACCGCGACAUGCGCGCGCUCCGUCAUGGGUAACGUGCAGUGCUGCGCCAGCGGACGCUUCCCGAAAGGCAAGCCGCCGAACAAACCGAAGGACAAGAAGAAAACGAAAGGACUCAAGGGUAUCACUAAGAAAAGUAACGGUGUGGGUAGUGGUAAAGGCAACGGAGCCGUGCAGAAAGUGGUGACGAUGGCAGAAGACGGCAGCGAGAAGGCGGCGCCUGCCGAGGCGGUGGUGCAAGCGCUGCCGGCCGCAGCCGACGUCCAGGACGGCGCGCUGCCGCGGCUGCAGGACAGCGCCGCGCAGCAGGCUGCGCCCUCCGACUGCGAGUCCGACUCCCCUCGCUCCGAGAGUAUGGCGGCUGCCAGGGAACGUUUCUUCGGUCAGGUACGUUCGGAGGAGUCCCUUCUUGCUCCAGAAACGACAACAAAUAGUGCACGAUGGAUUCCAGAGUUUUCUCUGGAUGGGAACAGCAGUGUGAAACAGAACGGCAGCGCCAAAGACCUGGCUUCCGUGAUGGAGAACCUGAAGAAAAGCAGCCUGGUUUCGCGCCAGAACCAAUCGCUCAAUGCUCAGGUCACCAGCUCUUCCUCACAACAGAUGGUAUCCAGCACGACUUCAAGCAGUGCGUCAUCGAGCCAAAGGCUGCAAAGCUCAUCGCAACGACUGGCGCACAUGGCCACAACCGAGAGAAAAGCAAGUUCUAUGAAGUCUGAUUUAACUGAACUCAAAAGUUCUAUUUCUGAAAUGAAGAACCUUAGCAACUCCGCAGCGAAAAAUUUCGGCCAAAGAUUUAGAAGUUCAAUGGAGAACAUAGUCGAUCAAGAUGAUAUGGGGGACCGGAAUUUGCCCGUCAUUCGAGAUCUGAGUGAAAUGGACGACAUGGGUGAUAUGAGUGACAUGGGUGAACUCUCAGGCGAAGGCCCAUUAGUCACAUUCCCAGAAUCAGACACACCACCACCAAUAACAGAAAAACCAUCAUUGUUAUCCAGCAACACUGCGGUUGUUGGGGCUAAUGCAGCUAGCAAUGAGCUCAAAUAUAGUGCAGCACGGGUAACAUCCGCAAGCUCAACCCGGGUCGUCGCCGAUGGAUACAGUGCUUCAAGAUCUGCGUCUAACAGUACAAAAAUGCGUCGAGUGCAGCAUGGGGAAUUACAAUACGCCGAACGUAGCGCAGCGAGUGCAUCUCACAGAUUACUGCAAGCCGAGGGUCUUACCGCAGAACAAAAUGCAGCAUCGCUUCAAGAGCAACGUUCGUUGAAAGCCGGUGAACUAACAGCACAAGAGGCAAAUAACAUGUCAGCUACAAGUUCAAGACUACAGACAGAAGCCUUCAGCGCCGAGAAGAUGUCUAUGGCUUCUGCUCAAGCUCGUCAGACAGUUACCUCCAGCGGAAUGUUUAGUCACAAGGAGCACUCCAGUGUUGCUCACUCCAAUAUGACGAUCUCCAGUAAAAACCUAUCAACCAAAUCCACUCUUCACACCAGCUCCCAAAUGAGUCAAUUAUUAAAUGGAACAAUAAAGCCAGGUGACGAAGAUCUUACAAAUUUAACGUUCGAAGAUUUGGACAAGCUUAACAGCAAUUCAAAUCAAAAAGAUGUAGAAAUGGCCAUACAAAAAUAUUCAUCAAGAAUGAAUGCAUUUAUUACGUCGAUAAAAAAUAAUCAAAUAGAAAUGAAAAAUGCAUCAGUUCAUUUCAAGAAACUGAAUGACAUGUUACGAAGAGCAUGGGCGGUGCCAACGUACGGCCAUGAACUCGGGUAUUCUCUGUGUAACACACUAAGAGAAUCUGGUGGGCUUGACAUACUAAUGGCCAAUUGUUUAGAGUAUAAUAACCCGGAAUUACAGUUCUCUUCAGCAAAACUGCUUGAACAAUGUCUCACAACUGAAAACAGAGCUCAUGUUGUAGAAAACGGUCUUGAAAAAGUAGUCAAUGUCGCCUGUUCUUGUUCAAAACAUGCUAAUUCAGUUGAUCAUUCAAGAACAGGUACCGGAAUACUGGAACACCUAUUCAAACACAGUGAAAGCACAUGCGGUGACGUCAUUAAAUUGGGAGGUUUAGACGCAGUCUUGUUUGAAUGCAGGAAAAAUGAUGUGGAAACACUAAGGCACUGCGCAACUGCACUUGCUAAUUUAUCCUUGUAUGGUGGAGCUGAAAACCAAGAAGCGAUGAUUAAAAGGAAAGUACCGAUGUGGCUCUUCCCAUUAGCUUUUCACAACGAUGACAACAUCAAGUACUAUGCCUGUUUAGCCAUUGCAGUUUUAGUUGCUAACAAAGAAAUAGAGGCGGCAGUUCUUAAAUCAGGCACAUUGAAUUUAGUAGAACCAUUCGUAACCUCGCACAAUCCGUCAGAAUUUGCCAAAUCAAAUCUUGCACACGCCCAUGGUCAGAGUAAAAACUGGUUAAAAAGAUUAGUGCCAGUAUUAAGUUCCAAAAGAGAAGAAGCGAGAAAUUUAGCAGCUUUCCACUUUUGCAUGGAGGCUGGAAUAAAGAAGCAACAAGGAAACACGGAAAUAUUUCGAGAAAUUGGAGCUAUUGAAUCAUUGAAAAAAGUAGCUAGCUGUCCGAAUGCAGUCGCUUCUAAAUAUGCAGCACAAGCCUUACGGCUAGUUGGCGAGGAAGUGCCUCAUAAGUUAUCUCAACAAGUUCCUUUAUGGUCUAUUGAAGACGUAAGAGAGUGGGUAAAGCAAAUAGGUUUCUCAGAAUAUGCCACAAACUUUUAUGAAAGUAAAGUUGAUGGAGAUUUGUUACUACAGAUAACUGAAGAAAAUCUUAAGGAGGACAUUGGUCUGCAAAAUGGAAUCAGACGGAAAAGAUUCACGAGAGAACUUCAACAACUCAAGAAAAUGGCUGACUACACUUCAAGAGACACAAGUAGUCUUAAUGAUUUUCUGCAAGGCAUCGGUCCCGAAUACACUAUUUAUACAUAUUCCAUGUUAAACGCUGGCGUUGACAAGGAAUCUAUUCGGGGACUAAGUGAUGAACAACUGGAAAACGAAUGUCGCAUUGUCAAUAGUAUACAUAGAUUAAGAAUUUUGAAUGCAAUUAAAGAAUACGAAAACAGUUUACCAAGCAAAGGCGAAGAAAACAUGGAGAAAAAUUUGGAUGUUUUCGUUAGCUACCGAAGAUCUAACGGUUCGCAGUUGGCAAGUUUGCUCAAAGUCCAUCUUCAACUCCGAGGAUUUACAGUGUUCAUAGACGUUGAGCGACUGGAAGCUGGCAAGUUUGACAACAAUCUGCUGCAGAGCAUAAGGCAGGCGAAACACUUCUUGCUCGUUCUUACCCCAAAUGCACUCGACAGGUGUAAAACAGACAGCGAUAGAAAAGACUGGGUUCACAGGGAGACAGUAGCAGCCUUACAGUCACAGUGCAAUAUUGUACCAAUUAUCGAUAACUUCGAAUGGCCUAAAGCUGAAGAGCUUCCAGAGGACAUGAGAGCAGUUUGUCAUUUCAAUGGAGUCCGGUGGAUUCAUGAUUACCAAGAUGCAUGUGUUGAUAAAUUAGAAAGUUUCCUCCGAGGAAAGUCAAAUAUCGCCAAUCGCCUUGACGGUCCACUGAGAGGCCGCGGUGACACGCAAACACCUGGAACCGCCACUAUCGGACGAGGACCACCGAACUACCAACGCAUGGCUUCCUGCGAAAGCCGAGGGAGCGAUAAAGCAGAUUGACUAGAAGCGCCCAUACACAAACUGCCGCCUGUUAGACCACGAAGAAGCCGCCAAUCCUCCUUGGAUAAAGCUUUAUCAGCCACCUCACAAAGCUGCGAACAAUUACCCACUAGUUAUAAUACUUCUAAGAAAGCAUCUCCAGAAAAAUCGCUAUGUAGUCUACCAGAGAGGUUAUCUGAAAGUAGUGAUAACCUAGAUGGGAAUGAAGUGGAAAAAACUUCGCGUAGAUGCCGUAGCUGCGAAGGCAUAUUAGAAGCCGACGAACAAAUGCACACGCAACUAUCUCUGCCCACGCCUUUAGACGCUGCUACACAGACGAAAAGAAAAAGGAACUUCAUGGAUAGAUGCGUCAACAAAGUGAGACUGUGCUGAUUCAAAAUGGUGAAGUGGUUGGUUAUUAGAAUAGACAAACCGACAAGCUGCAGAGUGUAUGAUUAGUGACUGCCUUAUUGGACUACAAUGACAUAUUUAUGUGCAUCUAAUUUUAAAGUACAAACAUGUGCACAAUGUGUAUAUAUUUUGUGUAUGGCUAUAAUUUAAAGUUUCAAUGUGUGGGAACACAUAACUAUUGGUUAUCGAAUAGAUCGUAAUCUCAAUGAGUGCUUGUGAAAUAUUAUUUUACUGCUGUUACAUGAGAAUGAAUUACUACCCUGCCGUGUUUUAAGAGCAUCGCACGAGGUGGUGAUAUGAGUAAUUUAAUGGGACAAUUUGCUAUUGUAUUAGUAAGGCAAAUUGCUUGAAUUCCUCUGACUCUGGUAAUAUUUUAUCAUCUCUCUACUCCUUCACUCUCUAUAGAUAUUACAAUGAAUUUAUGUAUAAAUUUAGUAUCUUGCCAAUGAAGUAUUUGUAAAAAGCGAAAUAAUACGAAAUUAUAAUUCACUUGAUGUGAUAGUUUAGAUCUUUUGUAAUGUAUAAAAUAUUUGAAAUGUUGCUAGCACCUAAUUUAUUUCUGCAUUAAAAUUAUUUUCGAAAUGGUAAUAAUAUAGUUAUUUUACCCUGUACAAAAUUUAUUAGAUGUAGUUUUUUUUAUUUUACGAGUUAACCAUAAUAUAUAAAUCAUUGUACUCUGUCAAACCUUGUAUUUAUGUACCUACUAGCUUAGCUCUAACCACGAAAUAAAUGGCAUUAUGAAAAUUC